CGUGGGGGAAGGGGAAGUCGGAAAAGGUCCGGGUUGGCGUUUCCGCUCGCUCCUCGCCAGCGUCGAGGCGAUUCCCGGAGAGCAGCGGCAGGGCUGGUCCUCGGCUGGGAGAGCCGCCGGCUUCCCCGCAGACAGAAUUACAGAGAAAGAGAGGGAGAGAGAUCUUCUGUCUGCUGAUUCAUUCCCCAAUUGGCCGCAGUGGCCAGGUCUGGGCCCAAGCUGGAGCCAGGAGCCAGGAGCUUCUUCGGAGUUUCCUUCGUGGGUACAGGGGCUCAACGACUUGUCCGUCUUCUGCUGCCUUCCCAGGAGUCUACUAUGGCUCAAGAAUCUCCCAAAAGUUCAGCAGCAGAAAUUCCGGUGACUAGUAAUGGAGAAGUUGAUGACUCUCAUGAACAUGGCUUUAAUAGGGAUUUGAAGCGUUCAUUACCAUCUGGACUUGGUCUCUCAGAAACCCAAAUUACAUCUCAUGGCUUUGACAGUACCAAAGAGGGGGUUAUUGAAGCAGGAGCCUAUCAAGGUUCCCCAGCACCACCACUGCCAUCUGUUAUGUCUCCUAGCAGGGUGGCAGCUAGUCGACUGGCUCAACAAGGAAGUGAUCUAAUUGUUCCUGCAGGUGGUCAGAGAACGCAGACAAAAAGUGGACCAGUUAUUCUAGCAGAUGAAAUUAAAAAUCCCGCCAUGGAAAAGUUAGAACUUGUUCGAAAGUGGAGUCUAAACACUUACAAGUGCACUCGACAAAUUAUCUCUGAGAAGCUAGGCCGUGGCUCAAGAACUGUGGACCUUGAACUUGAAGCUCAGAUUGAUAUAUUAAGAGAUAACAAGAAAAAAUACGAAAAUAUUUUAAGACUGGCUCAGACAUUGUCAACCCAGCUUUUCCAGAUGGUACAUACCCAAAGGCAACUGGGAGAUGCAUUCGCUGACCUGAGUUUGAAGUCACUAGAACUUCAUGAAGAAUUUGGCUAUAAUGCAGAUACCCAGAAGCUACUGGCCAAAAAUGGAGAGACUCUUCUUGGGGCCAUUAAUUUUUUCAUUGCCAGUGUGAACACUUUGGUGAAUAAAACAAUUGAAGAUACGUUAAUGACUGUGAAGCAGUAUGAAAGUGCCAGGAUUGAAUACGAUGCGUAUCGUACUGAUUUGGAAGAACUGAAUCUUGGACCACGUGAUGCAAACACUCUGCCAAAGAUUGAGCAGUCCCAGCAUCUGUUCCAAGUACAUAAGGAAAAAUAUGAUAAAAUGCGUAAUGAUGUUUCUGUCAAAUUGAAAUUUCUAGAAGAGAAUAAGGUUAAAGUAUUGCACAAUCAGCUGGUCCUUUUCCACAAUGCCAUUGCCGCCUACUUUGCUGGGAAUCAGAAGCAGCUUGAACAGACACUUAAACAGUUCCAUAUCAAAUUGAAAACCCCUGGAGUGGAUGCCCCAUCGUGGCUUGAAGAACAGUAAAAUCACACCUGUAGAGAAAGUCGUACUGCUAUGUUUCUAAACCAACCUAACAAGAAGUAGGCGGAAUGGGGGCAGGUGAUGAGGGGCGACAGCCAUGGUAGUGAUUCUUGCACAGCAGCUUUACUUUUUCCCUUUUGUCACACUUUAACAAUUGAACUGUUAAAUUUGAGGGGAAGGUGGGUGGUUUUAAUGUAAACACAGUUUCUAUAAUCUGAACACAAUAAUUUUUCCCUUUCGAGAAAUCCUUUUGUAUUAUGAGGGUUGAUGGCUAUUUCUGUAGUUUGAAAACAUCUAACAUAGAUUUGCACUGACAAGAUAAAACUGCAAGGAUCUGGCCCAAGAAAUGAGGGCCAGCUGUAACUUUUCCAAGGGAAGGUUUACAUGAUUUGUAUCGAUGUCAGCUAUUUUGUAUACGAAUAUAUUGAACAUCUGUAAGAGAUUCAUUUUCAUGUAUCGUCAAAGAGAAACCUAUUUUACAGAGGAAAACUCUAUGGUGUUGCUGCAGCAUUCACAGAGGGGUGGCAGUUCUAAUGACUGACUGACUGGCCUGUGGGGAUGUAGCAGGUACCUUUUCGGAAGUGAGUCUGUACCACGGUGAUUUGUGUGUAGGCUUCUCCUGAGAUGCAGGGGUCACACAGUCGUUUUCAUGAGGCGCUGACGCUUAUGCAUGUGCAUCACCCGGAGUCACUGGGCAGUCACACCAGUAAUUCCUUUUGAUUUGUCACGAAACCUGCCUGAGACAGCUUUUUCCUUUUUUUUGGUCGGGUGGACUUGGGAAUGGAAAUUCUUGAGGAUUUCUAAAGUAGAAAUCUUCUCAGAAAGCUAGUUUUUGGGUAAAUUCCAUGUUGACAGAAUUCCUGGAUAGCUUUCAUUGACUUCUGUGUAACAAUACCGUUUAAGCCUUAAAUCACAGAUAUGUGCCUUCUCAGAUACAGUGAUUCUCGUUCACCCGGUGUACGUAACCCAUAAAGAAGCCCCUUGCAGAUAAUGUCUGAUGUGCCUGUUCCUUCCUUGGAAAGGAGCACUGUGUGCAAAUGUUGGGUUUCCUUGUCCUCCUUAAGCCACAUUGGAGGUUUAUGGUGACAUCGACUUCCGAGUUUGCUGUUUGGUUUUGCUGGAUUCCUUUUGAGGAAUGGGAAGAGCGACAGAUGUUCCAUGUGGGUAAUAGAAGAGUGAUGUGGGACAGAAUGCGAGCACGGAAGAAAGGGGCAUGGAAAGCCAGUAAGUACCGUUCUAGUUGCUCGGCAUCCUUAGUUUCGUGUUCUGUGGUUGACCUGUCACUGUGUGCUUCUGUCAGUAAUGCAAUCCUUACUCAAUGUAAAAUUCUUUUGAUUUUUGUCAUAGGCAUAAAUUAAUGUUUCGAGAGACACCGCUUCACCUGUUCAUUUCUUUUGUGUUGAAAUGAAGUACUUAAAAUUAUUGUUAUACAUGAACUUUGUGAACUGUAAGAUUCUGUUACAUAUGUUCAGAUGCCUUUUAGCUGGCUUUUUAAUUAAUAUGCCUGUUUUGAGUGCUUAAUACAAUGUAAUGUGAUUGUAAAUCAUAAACGUAUUUUAAAUCAUUCCCUCCUGUAUAUUUGUACUCUGAGAGAGCCUUAUUUUAUUCUUCCAGCAGAGUUACUACUUGUGAUAGUUCAUUCACAUUCCCCAGAAUGUGCCUCUGGUGUGAAUUUUGUAUUCUUAUUAAAAGUGUUUGCUGCAGUA